AUGGCUCUCGAAAGGAAUGACAUGUGGAUGGCCCAGGGAUUGGUGGAUGUAAAUGGGAAUGACAUUGGUCCAGCAAACUCUACCAAGUCACAGCCAAGACGCCACAGAGUGUUGUCUGGUCCUAGUAUAGGGGGCAUUUGUGUUGAGGUUGAUACAUCCUCCUCUGAAUCUGAGACGUGUCCGAAUCAGCACACCGAUGGUCAGGCAAGCAGCUGUGUGCAGCAUGAAUCUCUCACUACUGACAACCAAAUGGAGCAGAGUAUUCCUACCAGUGGUGUCGAAAUGAAGGGGUGCUCUGAGCCAUAUCAUAUCAUUAUGUCCACUCAAUUCUCGAUGGCCCAGCUACAUGCAGCACAUCGGUCUUCGGAAUCACUUAGUAGCAUGUCAUUGGUUACCAGCACAGAGUCCGAUGCUUCCCCGAAAUUCUAUUCUGUGCGACGUGGCUGGUUCACAGGAGUAUUCACAUCAAGGCUCGCGGCUCAUCAUUUAGUACAGGGUUUCAGCAGAGGGAACUUUAAGUCUUUUCAAAGCAAGCGGGAUGCUGUGGAGGACUAUCAACUUUUGAAGACUAACAAUGCAAAUAGCCUUGUCUGA